AUGGCUUUAGUGCACGAUGAAGUCUCCGGCAUCGCGCUCUUCCACGCGCUGCUCGCCUUCUCCUCCCUUCACCGCCAUGGUCUCAAUGAGCAGACUAUCCAGCUUAAAGGUCGCGCUCUCCAGUCGCUGUCGGCCUCGGUCAACUACGAAAUCCUGACCCCCGGGAAAGCCGCGCAACAUGUGGCCGCAUCUAUGCUUCUAGGGGCUUUUGAAACGUUGCAGCCACUAGAGGGCACGAGCCUGUAA